AUGGCCACAUACAAGGCACAGAUGAGUGUACAGACCAGUUGCGAGGCCACAUGGUGUCGGUUCUUCCCCACCACUCUGAAGGGGCUCGCGCUGAAUUGGUUCCAAGAGCUGCCGGCCGGAAUCAUCACCGAUUUCGCGGUACUCGAGGACAUGUUUACCCAUCAAUUUGUGGCCGGAAAGAGGCAAAAGAAGACGAGUUUACACCUCAUGGGAGUCAAACAGGAGAAGAACGAAAGUCUAGCCGACUACAUAAAAAGGUUCAAUGAAGAAUCCUUAAAAGUAUCCGACCUGCAGGAUGCUGUUGCGUUCGCUGCUCUCAUGUCCGGAUUGCAGCCUGGCCGGCUCAGAUGGACAUUGGCAGAAAGUGAAGUCAAAACUUUUUCCGAGGCCAUGGCAAGGCCCGAUAUCAUCCAAGCGGCAGACAUUUGCCGUCAUUCGGAAGAGGGUAGUAAGAAGAGAAAGGAAGAAGGCAGCAACAGAGAUCAGCCCAAACAGCAAAAAACAGGCGGUAGGUCGGACAAAUUUACAGAUCAUGGAAACGACCCUCGUUUUACAAAAAUCGGAGAGAAAUAUACCUGGACAUCUAACAUAAGUCCAUGCUACCCAAUCCCCCACCCAUCAGGACCUCAGCCUACCGUAGAGACAAAAGCCAGUGGUGUGAGUACCACCGAGAAUGUGGUCAUACCACAAAAGAUUGUAGAGAACUGA